AUGGAAGCGACGCAAACUACUCACACAUUUAAAGAGCCACUCGCCCCAACGCGAGCACGCUCACGAAGCAUCUGCCUCAGCAUAAAGACCCUCAAAGUCACAGAUGAUUCCGUUUUGCUUGAUCUUUCGAAAAUCACUGGAAUUGAAAACGUUACAGCUACAAGUAUUGUCAACGGAAGCUGGACACGUGAAGAAGACGAGAAAGUCAUCGAGUGGGUUAAGGUUCACGGACCUACAAGCUGGACAAAGUUAGCCGAGACAAUCUCAGGCCGUAUCGGCAAGCAGUGCCGCGAGAGAUGGCACAACAGCUUGGAUCCAAACCUCAGAAAGACUUCUUGGACUCCAGAUGAGGACGACUUGAUCAUCCAGAAGCAAAAGGAAUUAGGCAACAAAUGGGCUAAAAUUGCAGAGUUCUUACCAGGCCGUACAGAUAAUGCUGUCAAGAACCGCUGGAAUUCAGCCCUCAAGCGUCGCAUUGCUGCUGGCGAUGUUUCAACAUCCAUUCAGAUUACAGAAAAGGCUGUCAAGGCUGCUAAGGUAGAAGAACAGCCAAAGGUUGAGAUUUUAGGUCCAAUUACAGAUCUUACCAAUCUCCCUUCAGAACCAAUAUAUCCUACCGAACAAACAUUUACCCCUUUAACCGUUGAAACUAUCGAUAAUGGUUUCGACGAUUUCCCACUCACAUACUCCUCACCAGAGUAUGUUGAACAAGAUCUCCAACCAGAUCUUCUUGGGUUCGAUUUUGAUCUCUAA